CCCCCCAUCUCCCCAUCUCCGCACAGUGCGCACCCCAAAGGCCUUUGUAAGGCCUGUGCCUUGGGUGUCAGGGCGAGCUGGGGUGCUGCAGCGUGGCGUUGGUGUCACGCACCCCCAAACUGGUCUCUGUGUGUGUGUCCCCGGGUACCGGUGGCCUGUCCUUACGGCCCCCCCCCCCCCAAACCGUGGGCAAGCUGGCGUGGGGAUGCGUGUGCACGCGCUUCCCACGCCCCAGGCCUCCCGUGACGUCCCGGCUUCCUCCGCCGGCCUUGCGUCACUGCGGGAGGAUGUUGCUGGGCUCAGGGAACGGGGCCGAUAAGCCAGCUGGGGCGCGUUGGAUGGCAAGAGCGAUCUCUGGUUCUCCUUUCCUUCGUCCUCGUCCUCGGGGAUGCCCACCCGGUUCUGCAUCCGUGCCUUGAGCCGCCUCCGCCGGGCUUCCCGCCGGACAGGGAUGCUGGGCGCGCUGCCAGGGGCUGCCUCGAAGCCAGGCUCCCCUCUGUCCCACGGCGAUGCUCGGGCUGGCCGAGGGUGCUGCGUCGCGUCGGCCAACUCGCUGGCCUCGGGGGGCUGCAAGGAGAAGGCGAAAGGGACCAGAUGAUCAGUUUUCUGUUUGGUUGGUCGGUUUUCAUUUCUGCAACAUCCUUCCUUUAUACAGAGAGGAUUAGGAGGGGUGGUACGCAGACCUUCGGGUUCUCCAAACCCCCGUGUCCCCGCAGGGAGUGCUCGCCCGGAGCUGGAAGAGUCUGUCCAGCAGCCCACGCUGGUGCUCAGGAAAUGCAGCUCUCUCGGGCUUUCUCCUCCAUCACACCUCCUUCUCAUCAGCGCCGCUCCUGGGAGCGGUACUGCUGUCUCCAGGGUAAUAAAAUCUCAAGGAGUGGGGGGCAUUCGUGCCCCGUGUCCCCACAGGUGCCCGUGAUAUGUGUCAUGGAAGGGGCAAAGCUUCUGGCAAAUGGGGUUUUAGAAGACCCUGCUCGGGCAGGGAGGCUUCCCAGGAGAGGGAUCCAAGACAUUUGGCUUGUGCGGCAAUAUUGGAUGGAGAAGGUGAAGGGAUAUUUGCAAUAAUGGCUCCAGGUUUGGAUCAUCAGACUAGGGUGGGGGAAGGUUGCCCUUGGUGCUGCCCUCAAUGGCUUGGAAGUCAAAAUAGUGGCGGUUUCUCUGUUUUCACGGGUAAGUGCUGGUUGGGGCUGGGACAUUCCCUUCCUGCCACCCCUUCGUCCUCCUCGGGACCAUCAGGAUUUCCUCCGCUCUUUCUGCUCUCCGCUGUUACUGACAGCAAGCUGGGGGGGAAUUCACUCCUCUCCUGUCCCUGCCAGCCUUGGGACAUCUCCUGCUCCGUAGGAUCUCUGCAGUUCCCCCCCUAGUCUAUCCCAGAGGGACCAGAGGAGCUAAACUGAUUUUCCUUGGGGGUUUUCAGCCCAGCUGUGAUUUUCACAGGACUUAUUUCCCACCCCGGGCUGAAGAAGGAGGGUGGGUUUGCUGCCUGCGCAGCCCGGGGGAGGAGGGCUUGAAGAGCCCCCGUGUUCCUGUGGUGGUGGCUUUGUCACCACCCUGCCCUGGCGCAGCGAAGCAGGGACUUUGAUGACGCCAGCGCUCCAAAGACCAGCAUUGUUCAAAACACCCGGCUGCGGACAAUUUUGCUCACAGCGCUGCCAUCGCUUGCAGAAAUGGGGCUGCUUGCUGCAGCUCUGGGUCAUGGGCUUCGUUUGCAGCACGAGGAGUGAUCCCUGCUGUGCUCGGCUCAACACCUGUAUAAAUCCGUGUAGGAUCAGGGCUGGAAACGAUGAUGAGACCCGGUGUGGCGUGUAAGGGGGGCAGAGCUACGGCUGGUAUUGAUGCUCAGCUCGGUAACUCCUGGCUCACCUGCUGUUGAGUGUCAGCACUGGUAAGUUUGGGAUUUUGUUUUGCUCCCGGAGAAAGCAGGGGAAAGCUAGAAUUCGUGGCUGAGCUGCCCUGCAAAGCCAGCGCUUGUUCUCGUGGGUCUUCCCCCUUGCAAAAAAACCCGGCAUCCCUCGUGAUGGAUGCUGGAAGUGGGAUUGCAUGACACAUGAAGGGUUAGAUGUUGAGGGAGGAGACCUGAACCACGUGUUGCAUCCUCUCCCCGCUGCCACCGUGCCCCUCGAGGCAUCCCUCCCAUCAUCUCGGGGCAUCUUUCACCAUCUCAAGCUGCAGUGUCGGCUCUGGUCUCCAUUUGAGGGCAGUGGGAGUGUGCCUGGUGCUCGUCCCCAUCCCCAUGCCAUCCGGCACAUGCUGGGGAAGGAGCACCUCUGCUGAUAUUUUGGGUUUGCAUCUCCACCCAGCCCUAGCUUUUGGGCAGCUGGGGGCCCUAGGGGACUCCCUGGCAAAGUGGGGGUACAGCCGGUGAGGUUCCCCAUCUUAGCUUACAGAUAGGAUACAUUUCUAUAUACGUAUGUGUGGAUGUGGUUGUUGUGUUAAGGCUGAAGAUGGUUUCUGUAUUGCCCCGUUUAUUUUCCCAUCCCUCUUCAAUAGAGCAGAAAUCAUUAGAAAUUUGGGCCAUGAAAGAGUUGCUUUUGUUUUGGCAAAGCGGAGCCUGUUGGAGAUGAAGCCGUGGGGAUAAAGGCAUCUUGUAAGUACGGCUCCCAGGGAAAGCUGCCGCCAGCUGCUGGCUGGGAGGUGGGAAUGCGAGGCAGGGGGGUGUAUAACACCAUGUCUCCUUUGCUCCCCACUUUUCCCGCUCCCCUCCAGUCCCUUGCCCCCAACAGUUGCAGAGAUGGGAGGACCGAUCCGGCUGCCAAGCCACAGCCUGUUGACCGUGGCACGCUGCCGUGCCGGGAGGGCUUGCAAUGCUUAAAGGGGAUUUUUGUGAGAGCUCGGAGCUGGGCUAUUGAAAUCCGCUUUCAGAUUCCUCCCAGCGCUGUUGGCAGCAGAUCCAGCCCAAUUCCACAAGUUCCCUCCUGGCUGGUGCUUGCCCAGCCGCUCUGUGGGACUCCGAUACCGAGUUAAGGAGCUUCUGGUUGCGAUGUGCUGGGGGUCUGGGCUGGCCCUUAGUGGCUUCCAGCAGCCGUGCGAGCCGGUACCCCUUCCAAGAAUGCUUGCCACGAUGCCAGGCGGGCUGCGGAGAGACCCCUUGGACAAGCCAGGCUACUUCAGCUCAUCCCAUGAGAGGGGCUCACUGCCCCCGUCGAGCCUCACGCUGCCGAUAAACCCCAGCCCUUCGCUUCCUCCCGUCGGAAGUCAUUAACGCCGGCAAGCUUUUCUGGCUGAAUAGCUCCCAGUAACCCCAUGCCGCUGCCUGACAUCCAACACCGCCGCCUGCCUGCACUCCCUGCUCCGGGAGCCAGCCUUCGGUGCUCACUGUCUCUCCUCCUCCUCCUUGCGCUGUCAUCGCCAUCCUCCGCUCUUGCCAGGAUGGAAACUCCUCUGUUUUGGGGUGUGCCUGGGUGGGAGCAGGGCGUUUCGGGGACUCCCUCCAUCCUGCCCGCAUCCUUUGAGCUGUACGUGGUGGAAGGCUAGGCUGUGCUGCCCUGUCUCCCUUGGGGCUCCUCUAAGGGACAGGGGGUCAAUACGCAGCAGAAAGCAAAGCUGCUUCCGUUAGCAUGGGCGUUAAGAAACCCCAAGCCCACCUUGCAAACACAGCUAGUAAAAAUAAUACAUUUUGGGGUUGUUUUGCUCACCUUCAGGGCUUUAAGCAUGCUGGGAGGUUGCAGGUUGGGUUUUGCAACUGCUCCGUCAGCGCUAGGGUUGGAAAAGUUUCUUUCUUGGUUUCUCACGGUUUCGGGUGCCUGCGGUGCUGGUGCUUUGGGAGGAGGGGCUGCUCGUGCGGGAUGCCCCUGGUGUGUUUUGGAACCACGGGUUGUGGGGAGCAGUGGGAGCAUCCUGGGACCCUCCUGGACUGAACCCUUCUUGUCUGGUCUUCUGCGGCCGUGUGAAACUGGCCUUACUGGGUGAGCUGGUCCGUGUCCUGUAGCACAUCAAAGCGUCAGUCCUUGGUGCCAGUACUUGUGUUCACAUGGCCGGGUUCGCUGCUCCAUGGCGGAGCUGCAGCCCUGGGAGGCCACUGCCAGCUGAUGGGUUCCUGCUGUGCCAAGGCCGUUCUGUCUGAAGGGGAGUUUGCCACCUGUAAAAUCCUCCUUUUGCUCCCCCUUUCCCUUCCACAAGUCUCCCUCAGCCCCAAGGCCGUUUUUCCAAUGCCAGCACUCCUACCACUUGCUCCCUUCCCCACACUGGCGUUCCCUCCGUCUCCAUCCCCACUGCUUUUACCCCCUUUCCCAGUACGUGCUGUAGAGCUCCCCGCUUCGCCCCAAGGAGCUGCUGGGUUUGCCGAGCCGUGCUCGGCCCCUCCCCACGCACUGAGGACCGUGACCAGGGAUGCUCCUCAGGAGUUUCUUCCUCUUCCUCCCACCCCAUCUCACUGCACACCCCUCGUCUCUCCCACAGGCGACCAAGCAGUUCCUGGAGGAGAUCAACAAGUGGACGGGCCAGUACAAUGUGUCCCCGCUCUCCUGGAACGUGGCCGUCAAGUUCCUCAUGGCCCGCAAGUUCGACGUCCUGCGGGCCAUCGAGCUCUUUCACUCCUACCGGGAAACGCGGCUGAAGGAGGGCAUCGUGAAGCUGAAGCCGCACGAGGAGCCGCUGCGCUCGGAGCUGCUCAGUGGCAAGUUCACCAUUCUGAGCGUGCGGGACCCCUCGGGAGCCUCCAUCGCCCUCUUCACGGCCAAACUGCACCACCCCAGCAAGAGUGUGCAGCACGUCGUGCUCCAGGCGCUCUUCUACCUGCUGGACCGAGCAGUGGAGAGCUUCGAAACCCAGAGGAACGGACUGGUGUUCAUCUAUGACAUGGCAGGCUCACAGUACACCAACUUCGAGCUGGACCUCAGCAAGAAGAUCCUCAACCUGCUGAAGGGUGCCUUCCCGGCUCGGCUCAAGAAGGUUUUCAUCGUGGGAGCGCCCAUGUGGUUUCGUGUGCCCUACUCCAUCAUCAGCCUGCUGCUGAAGGAGAAGCUGCGGGAGCGGGUGCAGAUGGUGAAGAUGUCGGAGCUGAAGGAGCACCUGCCCCGGGAAUGCCUCCCCGAGUACCUCGGGGGGUCCCUCAAACUGGAUCCUCUAAGCUGGAACUGCCGGUUCCUGCCCCAGCAGAAUGGGCAUCCCGACCCCCUGGACGAGCUCAUCCUGGUGCCACUGGUGGCCCCCAAAGAUAACGGCUCCGUCCAUGUCCCCGGGCCCAAGUCCGUCACCCUGCAGGAGCUGCUGGAUCACGUCAGCCACAAGCAGAAGCGGGGCAUCUAUGAAGAGUACGAAGAUAUUCGGCGGAGGAGCCCAGCCGGCACCUUUGUCUGCUCUUUGGCACCCUACAACCAGGAUAAGAACCGGUACGGGGAUGUGCCCUGCUUGGACCAAACCCGCGUCAAGCUGGCAAAGCCGUACAGCCGCCCGGAGCUGACCGACUACAUCAACGCAAGCUUCAUGGACGGCUACAAGCAGAGGAACGCUUACAUCGGGACUCAGGGGCCUCUGGAAAACACCUAUGGUGACUUCUGGCGCAUGGUGUGGGAGCAAAACGUCCUGGUGAUUGUGAUGACAACCCGGCUGGAGGAGGGAGGCAGGAGAAAGUGCGGCCAGUAUUGGCCCCUGGAGAAGGAUUUCCAGGUGUGCUUCGGGGCCCUGACCAUCACCAACCUGGGCGUGGAGAACCUCAACCAUUACAAGAAAACCAUCCUGGAGAUCCACAGCUCAGAGACCAGGGAGCGGCGGCUGGUGUCUCACUUCCAGUACCUGAGCUGGCCGGACUACGGCGUCCCCUCCUCUGCGGCCACCCUCAUCGACUUUUUGGGGGCCGUGAAGCAGCAGCAGAGGGUGGCAGUCAGCGCCCUGGGACCUCGCUUCAAGGGUCACCCUGGGGGACCGCCGAUCGUGGUGCACUGCAGCGCUGGCAUCGGCAGGACAGGUACCUUCUGCGCUCUGGACAUCUGCCUGUCCCAGCUGCAGGACGUGGGCACGCUGAACAUCUACCAGACGGUGCUGCGCAUGCGGACCCAGCGCGCCUUCAGCAUCCAGACCCCCGAGCAGUAUUAUUUCUGUUACACUGCCGUCCUCGAGCACGCCCAGCACGAGGGCCUGCUGCUCGCCAACCACAACCGGGCCGGCCAGGAGAAGAGCUCGCCGGGACACUGAGACCCGCUGCCUCCCCACAGACAACCCCCCCACACACCUCUUCCCAUCCUCCCGGGGUUGCCAGAGCCGCCUCCGCGCCCGUCGGGACUCGGCAGAGCUGUCGGGACAGUGGUGCCGGAACACGGUGGCAGGCAGGCAGGCAGGCAGCUGCCCGUCCUCGACUAUUAGCACUGCUAUCGAACUGUGCCUUAUUCAAACCAAAUGGUGGCUGCCGCUCGCUGGGGGGUGGAGGACGGCGCGGGAAGAGGCUCUUGCUCCUCUCCGUGGUAUUUCUGUUGGGGGGGUUGGUUGUUUGGGGAGGUGGUUUUUCUUCUCUUCGAGUUGUUUUUGUUUUUUGGGGGGUUUUUGGUUUUUUUUGUUGGGACCAUCUAAAAAUGUUAUCUAGAGAGGGGUUUUGCAAAGCCCUAGGAAAUGUAUUUCCAGUCCUGCCCCUGCCCUGGGGCUUAGGAAGAGGCACCUACGUCAGUCUUACCUGCCACUAAGUCUGUGUGUCUGUAUGUAUGUGUGUAUAUAAUAUAUCCUUGCUGUGCCCAACCCCGGCUAUUAUAUAGAGACAUAUAUACAAGCACCCGUUUUUAGGAGCUCCUGUGGGUCCCCGCUGUCCUGCCGUCUCACCGCUGUGAUCCGUGGAGCGGUGAGUUUGGUCCUGGCUCUGUCUUGUCUUCCCCCCCUGCUGCUUUUUUCCCUUUCCUGCCCCCCCUGCUCCUCACAGGUAGCCUUGGGACCCGGUACCCGCUCCCAUGCCCAUCCUGCGGGAGGCAUGGGGAUGGAUGCUCGGCGGCAUCCCCCCAGCUUUGCUUGUCUCAUUUUCCCCAUCCUCAUCUCCUGCUCGGAGAGGGCAGCUCUGCUCCUGGGAGGGGGAUCUGGAGGAUUUUGGCCACGGCAGGCGGGUUGGCCGGGGGGUGAGGAGCUCACAGGCGUCCCCCCCCUUGGGGCACAGCUGCGGGAGUCACUAGGUACGAGGUGAUGGGGACGCACGGGGACCGACCGGCUUUCCGGGUUGCCCGGCUUUCCCAAGCCGGCAGCGGGAACCCGCGGGCCCAGCCCUGUGGUGAGUCAUGGGCUGAAAAAACGGUGAGCAAAAAAAAAAAAAAGCUAAAACCCUCGAGAAGCGGCAAGCCAACCUGUGGGGCAGCAGUGCCCGCCGGGGAUGGCUGCUCUGGCCCCCUGCCCCUCCGUGCCACCCGGGGAGCCGGGACUGGCAGCGCCUGGGCCUCAGUAACUUUAUACUGUAAUAAGCUCUUUGAAUGUGUAUAUUCUUAUUUUUUUAUAAUCUUGGGGGGGGUGGGGGUUUUUUGGUUGUUUUUUUUGUUUUGUUUUGUUUUUUUUGUAUUUAACAUUAACUUGAUCCAAGCCAGAGCCAGAAGUAUUUGUAAAUGUUCCUAUUUUGCUCUUGUUCAGAGAAACAUUUUUGUUGUUACUUUUUGGGUUUUGUUUUGGUUUUAUUUGUAUCGACAUACAAAUAUACCACCAGUGAUCGGUCCUCUUGGGUCUUGUGGUGGAGUUGGUCAGGGGCAGGAGAGAGGGACUUGAAGGCUUUGCGCACCCUGUGGUCCCCAAAAGCAA